AUGAGGAACUCGUACUCCAUGCAGACCAAUGGCCAGAAAAAUGGCUCUAAUGAAUCUUUCCAGUUUGUUUCGGAGAAAAGGACAGACACCCAGAGCCCAGCGCCCUCACACCAGAAACAGCCAUCCUGUUGUCUCAGUGUGAGCAAAGUGUCCUAUACAGUCAGUGAGCGUGUAGGGCCCUGGUGGAAUCUCUCAUCCUGCAGAAAGAAAUGGUCAAGGCGGAUCCUGAAUGAUGUGUCAUUUCAUGUGGACAGUGGUCAGAUAAUGGGCAUCCUGGGGAACUCAGGCUCUGGGAAGACCACAUUGUUAGACGCUAUUGCGGGUCGUAUUGGAAAUACUGGCACCCUCACUGGGGAAGUGUUUGUGAAUGGAAGGAAAGUGAAUCAAAAACAGUUUCAGGAAUGUUUCUCCUAUGUUCUUCAGAGUGACAAUCUCCUGAGCUAUCUGACAGUAGAGGAGACGCUCACAUUCACGGCUCAGCUGGCUCUGAGGCAGCACUCAGCCAGUGCCAUCCGUAAGAAGGUGGUUGCUGUUAUGACCGAACUGAGUCUCGGCCAUGUGGCGAAGAUUGUGAUCGGAGGCCGAGUCUUCCCAGGUAUCUCAGGAGGAGAGAGGAGGAGGGUGUCCAUUGCUAGCCAGUUGCUCCAAGACCCCAAGGUGAUCCUACUGGAUGAACCAACCACAGGUCUGGACAGCAUGACAGCCAGUCAGAUUGUAGUGCUGCUGGCAGAGCUGGCCAAGAGGGACCGUAUAGUCAUAGUGACCAUCCAUCAGCCCCGCUCGGAGCUCUUCAGAGUCUUCAGCAGGAUAGCUAUCAUGAGUUGUGGAGAGUUAGUGUUUUGUGGUGAUCCCGGCGAGAUGGUGGAUUUCUUCAGCAGCCGUGGCUAUGAGUGUCCUGAGUAUUGCAACCCAUUUGACAUAUAUGUGGACUUGACCUCGGUGGAUACAUGUUCCAGUGAGAGAGAAGAUGCCACCUUCAGACGCAUGAAUGGCAUAACCUCAGCUUUCCGGAGAUCAGACAUCUACCAGAGAAUGACGUGGAAGAUUCAGCAGAGCUGCCAGCGUGCUAAUAAACCCAUGAUCCCUUUCAAGAGCAAAGAGUCCCCCAACUGUAUAUCCAAACUGGGUGUCCUCCUUAGGAGGACGGUACGGAAUUUGUCUCGGGACAGGAUGGGUGUCAUUAUGCGUCUCUCUCAAAAUCUCAUCUAUGGCAUGUUUGUGGCCUUCUUUGUCAUGAAACUUAAUGAUGAUGUCACCAAGGGUGCAGUGCAAGACCGGAUCGGUAUUAUCUACCAAGCCAUGGGUGCUACGCCAUACACAGGCAUGCUGAAUGCUGUGGCCCUCUUCCCUGCUAUGAGAGCUGUAGCUGAUCAGGAGAGUAAAGAUGGAUUGUACCAGAAAUGGCAGAUGUUCCUGGCCUUCAUCAUUCACAUCUUCCCCUUCAGUAUCAUCAGUGUAUUUAUUUUCACUUCUUUCCUUUAUUGGGCUGUAGGGAUGCACCCAGAUCCUUGGCGCUUCAUGUGUUUUACAGCUGUGAUCAUGGUGCCCCACAUCGUCGGGGAACUUCUGACACUGGUGCUGCUUGGAGUGAUUCAAGACCCCAACAUGGUUAACAGUGGAAUGGCUUUGCUCAACAUAGCUGGGAUCAUGGUGGGCUCUGGAUUCCUCAGGAGCACUCAGCACAUGCCUUUGGGAUUUCUUGGGCUAAGUUACGUCACCUUCCAGAAAUAUGGCUGUGAGCUUCUCAUCGUCACUGAGUUCUAUGGCUUGAACUUCACAUGCAAUCCACCUGCGGGGUUCCCAGGAGGAUGCUUAAUAAAAGAUGGUGAUACUGUUAUAGACCAACUUUACCCAGGAGCCCCCUCACGCUACACCCUGGACUUUCUUAUGCUGUACGCCUUCCUGCCUGCCCUCAUACUGCUCGGGGUCAUCAGCUUCAAGAUCCGAGAUCGCCUUGGGAGACGCUGA